GCGAUGGAGAAUCCGUCCCUUGCCCUGAAUCCCCUGGCCCGCUUCUUCAUAAUGUCGCUCCCUCCCUCCUUUCGUGCCCAUGGCUGCUGCUCGGUUUCCGUCGCUGCUUCACCAUCAUGCAGUCCUUUCAGGAUUCCCAUCUCUACACUCGCCUUCGCGAUACCAUCUGGACCCCGUCGCAGGGCAAUUCCCGGAAGAGCGUCAAAUGGAUUGAUGGCCUUCGCGGAAUCGCCUCAUUCCUCGUCGUUCUGACCCACCUAGCCCGAGCCUGGGACUACGACCUCUUCUCGCCGCGCGACAAUGAGGACGUCCCCCCGCGAGUACUGCAAUGGCCCGUCCUGCGAAUCCCCUGGCAGGGACGCAUCGGGGUGACCAUCUUCGCCUUCCUGACGGGCUACGUGUGCGCCCUCAAGCCCCUCAAACUGGCCCGCGCCGGCGAAUACCUGGGCGCCUUCAAAGCCAUUGCGAAGAGCGCCUUCCGACGGCCGCCGCGCCUGAUCCUCCCGGCCACCAUCGCACUGCUGAUCUCGUGGACGAUGGCGCAGUUCGGGGCCUUUGUCGUCGCCAACCGCUCCGACUGCUGGUGGUGUCGCUACGCGGCCCCGGAUCUGGAGGACUCGCUGUCCAAGGAGGUCGUCCGGCUGGGCGAGAACUUCCUGAGCACCUGGACGACGGGGUACAUGGCGUAUGAUGAUCAUCAGUGGGCGCUGUUGCCGCUGCUCAAGGCGUCCAUGUUGGUUUAUAUUCUCGUGUCGGCGACCAUGUACGUGCGGUUUCGGUGGCGGGUGGUGGUGUAUUUUCUUUUGAUUGCCUAUUUCCAUCAGGAUGCCAGCAAGGAUACCGAGACCUUCCAAAUCCAAGCCAUCUACGGCACUCUCCUCAGCGACCUGACGCACCACACCCCCUUCCAGGCCCUCCUCUCCUCUCCCACCCACCGCUGGCCCCGCCGCCUCAUCCUCCUCCUCCUGACCACCCUCGGCCUCUACCUCGCCAGCUACCCCGGCGAACACCCGGAAUACUCGCCCUGGUCCAACAGCCUCCUCACCCUGUCCCCCUACAUCUUCCCGCCCGAAGUCAACAUCGGGAAACGCUACACGGCCAUCGGGGUGGACCUCCUCAUCGCCGCGAUCUUCCUCUCGCCGUCGACCCAACACUUCCUCUCCAACCGGCUGCUUCUCUGGCUGGGCAAGCAGAGUUUCGCCGUGUACCUGGUGCAUGGCACGCUGUUGCGCACGGUGCUGUGCUGGGUGCUGUAUGGGACGAUCACGGGGGAGCCGUGGGAGGAGGGCGUCGACGAGAAUGGCGCGCCGGUUUUGCCGCCGUAUUUGCCACUGAUGGGGCCGUGGGUGGUGGGGCUGGGCAUGGUCGGCUGGGUUGGGCUGGUGUAUGGCGUUGCGGUGCUGUGGACGGGGUGGGUUGAUCCUGCCUGUGAGAGGCUGACGGGGUGGGUGGAGAGGAAGGUCGGGGUCAGGGGGGAGGAUGGGGAGAAGGGCGAGGGGAAUGGGAAUGGGAAUGGCGAGGGACUGCCCUUGCCGUUGCCGAUGCAGAUGAGGCCGAUGGCUGUUGCUUAGAUGGGGUAGUAGUGGGUUGGGGUUGAUGUUGUAUAGGGUUAGGGUUAUAUGAAGGGAGAGAGAAGGAGAGAGGGUGGAUUGGAAUAUGCUGGUCAUCUUCUGUCCGUGACUGUCACUUCGAUUGGUGUGGUGGUGUAUAUUGCUGGGCUAUCUAUAUAUAGAUGUACCUACCGAUUACUAGUACUAGUUCUUUUACUGGGUUAUAGACCUGAUUUGAUUUUGG